ACACAGGCAAAAGAAGCAAAAACAGUCCAGCAAGUGAACACCCCCAUUCCAAUAUCAAGAAACCAAGGAAGUCUGAAGUCAACUUUCUUCCAAACUUUCCCAGAGGCGAGAACCAAAUAUUCCUGGAGCAGACAAGAUUAGAAGUGAUCGAAGAAAUGGAAAAGACAGAACGAAAUCAGCUUCUCAUUGGAAGAGGCAUGCAGACAACAUUUGCACCUAGACGGCAGGAGAUUGUCACUGGAGAUAAAACAAUAAAGGAUCUACUGGCUCGAUGGCCCGCCCUUAACAUGGAGUCACAGGUGUUUGCGGAGUUCCAUCGCAUCACCAAUGUGAAUCUCCGCAAUACAUUCUACGCAGAGCUUGAUCGUCAUACAAAAUCACUGGUUGCUCUGUACAGGCAGAAGGCUUCUCGCACAGGAAAGAUUCCAGAGGCCCUGCAGAGAAUCCUCAGAGAAUAUGAUAUGCAGGAGGAACAGGAUAUAAAUUUGAGGCGCACACUGUCACUUCGUGCGCUUUCAGUCUACUUGAGAGAGGAUGACACAGACUUUUAUAAAAGCUGUAAUCAAGAUGGUCAAUCAGAUGUGUCGGACUGCCCACUUGGUCUACUAUCGUCAUCUCCAAACCUGUUCAUACCAGGAAAUCUCUCAAUUGUCAUUGAGGGAAACGUCGUGUUUAGUCAGCUGUCGACUGUGCCAGAGGCAUUUCUGCUGCUGUUUGGACUCAUCUAUGUCUUUAAUAUUGAGUAUCCAAAAAACCUUGUGAACACUUUUACCUUCAUCCAGAAUAUUCUAGUAUGUCUUGAUGACAAUUCUGUGAUGAAACCAUGCCUUCGCGCACUGAAAAAUGAGCUCUUUAGAGAUGUGUUCCCGAUUUAAAACAUUCAAAGAGCAGUCACCUUAGUUUGAUGCCACAUUUUAUUAAGUAUGCUAUAUUUGCUAAGAGAGAUUUUUGUUUUUAUGUUCCCUUUAUUGUACAAACCUUAAGCACUUUAGCAAUGCUGGGCCUAAAUGAAUGUUUGAAGUUUCAGAAGUAUAACUGUGAACAUAGAAAUCUAUUGGGAGAUGAUUAUAUUUGCCACUAAACUAGUGUAAAAUGCAGGCACUUGUUUUGAAGACUUGAAGUUCUAAAAUGUUUUUUUAUUUAGAGUGAAGUUCCAAGUUUGUUAACUCCUCAAUUAAUGUUGAUUGUUUUAGCUUAAUUCUCAAAACCAAUUUCUAAGAUUAGAUUGAGGGUCAUGGAUAUUGUUGCACUUUAUUUUCCAUGCACAUGGCUUAAUAACCAUAAUUGAAUGCCAAAAUCUCUGCAAUACUGAAGACACUUAAUGUGUAUUAAAAACUAUUUGUAAUGUUAAGGACAGUUUUAAAUAAAUGUCCAAAUUUUCAACCAUG